AUGUUGAAGCAAGAACUGAUCGUUAUUGUACGUUCUUUGAAACCAGCCAAAAAAUCUUACGUCAUUGACAACUUGGUCACGAAUGCAGGACACACCAUACUUCGAUUACCACCGUACCACUGUGUAUUAAAUCCGAUUGAAUUAGCAUGGGUGAUGGUAAAAGAAUACGUGAAACGGGAAACUAAUAAUUACACAAUUGACGACGUUCAACGACUUUUGAAUGAAGCUAUUAACCGGGUAACAACAGAAAAUUGGAUGAAUUUUAUAAAGCAUACUAUCGAAGAGGAAAACAAACUUUGGCAAGUAGACGACAUUAUGGAGGAACUUAUUGAAAACCUGGAGCCAUGUGUAUUGACAAUUACGGGAGAUAAGAGUGAUGAUGAAUCAGAGUAA